AGCUUCAGACGAAGAAGAGUACAAAGCACGUUAGCUCGAAGCCGCACAGCAUUCCACUAAGCAUCGAUGGAAACCGAACACUAGACUUUUAAAACUCUAGGAUAUAAAGGUUAGACUCAGAAUGCGUCGCCUGGGUUCCGUUCAGCAGAAAGUUCCGUGUGUUUUUGUCACCGAGGUGAAGCAAGAACAGUCGAGAAAGCGAGUCUGCCAGGAAUUCCAGGUUGUUGCCACUGAACAGUUGAACCCUGUGGCUCUUGAGGCAAACAUCAACUGUGCGGUGGCUACUGAGAAACUGGACGGAACAUGCUGCUACGUGACUGUUUAUAAAGGUCAGCCAUGGCUUUGGGCUCGACUGGACCGGAAGCCCAACAAACAAGCGGAGAAGAGAUUCAAGAAGUACCAGCACACUCACAAGAGCAGCAAAGGGUUCACGUGGAACGUGGAAGAGGACUUUAAAACGGUACCAGACGCAUGGAUUCCAGCUCACGGUGUCAAACACCUCAAUGGCUAUCCGGUCCCAGAUCCACAAGGCCACAUUCCAGGCUGGGUUCCGGUGGAGAAGGACAACAAACAGUACUGCUGGCACUCGGCUGUGGUGGACCACCAAGCAGCCGGCGCACUGGCCCUUCGGCCGUCUGGCAACAUGGAGGACGCGUUGGAAAUCGUGGUGGUCCCUCUGGUCGACCUUCUGGAGCAAACUCUGGAGCUCAUUGGAACAAACGUGAACGGAAACCCGUACGGUGUGGGGUCAAAGAGUCAGCCGCUUCACUUCCUAGUGCCUCACGGAAGCAUCUGCGCUAAGAACCCUCCACCUGUGGAGCUGCAGCAGCUGCGCCGCUGGCUUCAGGAGAGUCCAGAUGGAAAAGUGGAGGGAAUCGUCUGGCACUGCAGGGAUGGCACCCUGGUCAAGGUUCAUCGUCAUCACCUGAACUUGCCCUGGCCAGAGGGAGAAACCUUCUUGGGCAGCAAACCAGUGGAUGUCUGCGUGGACUGGACCGUGGACGAGUAUGCCGGCAGCAGCAAGGACCUGAUCACGUGUUUCUCCAGGAUGAACGGACGCAAGUUCAGCCGACUGCAGGACGUGCAAUAUGACCCCUGAAGACAGACACACACACACACACACACCACCCUGCAACCGUCGGUCCUCCACAGUCUUCAGGAGGAUGAAUAAGACAGUGUGAAACCUGCUCCUCUGCAGCUGAGUGUAAAUGAAAAUCCACCAAAUGUGAGCACUUUAAGCAGCAUGCACGUCCUGUGACCAUUGUAAAUAAUGUACUUACUGUGCGAGAGAGGCACCGGUGGGGCUGUUUUCAAUCGUUUAUUUGUCAAAACCAGGAACAAAGCACUUCUCAAAAAAGACUUGUCUACUGUGAAAAACAUGGAGAGAAGCAGCCACAUUCAAACUGAACAGUGUGAAACAUGAACAUCCAUUUCAGCACAAUUUUCCAGGUUAUGUCCAGAAUAAAUGCUCAGUUGAACCCAUCGGAUCCGGGUGCUCCAGUUCAAUCAUUAUGGAGCGAGAAAACAGCUCAGCGACUGACAAAUCUACAACUUCAUUUCACUCAGACACAGCCACAUAGGAAUCCAGAGGUGUUUUUGGCAUUUGAAUAGAAAUCUUAUAUUUGUGUAAGAAAACCACACAAAAAUAUUGUAAACAUCAGAUGAACUCUCCAAACUAUCUACAAACGCAUUUACAGGAAGAUAACGUCAGCAAUAAAACAGCUGUGGAUGCUACUCGGAAGGUCAGCUGAUGGACACGCUGGGCAUCUUCACCUCGACUCCAAACUGGUCACAGACCUUCCUCAACUGCUGCUCCAACAGAAUAUUCUUCUUUACUUCGAUGUUGUAGUUGUACUUCAAGUCUUCUAUCUCCUCGAAGAAGGUUGGGUCGAAGCUCUCCAGCUCCUUCCGCAGCUUCUGGACUUCAAAAUGGAGUUGUUCGUUCUCCGUCUGAGUCGUGUGCAGCUCCUCCAUCAGAUUCCUGUGAUCUGAAGAUCAAAGCACAGAUGCGGAUCACAGCAGCAUCUGAAUUAGAAUUUUAAAUCUGAUGGAGUAAGUGUUGUUCUGUCAACAUUAAACUACCAUCAACAUGUCAUGUUCACAUGAACGCAGCAUGUUCAGCCUCCCACACAUCUAAUGUGAAGGUCCAGUUUUAGGUUUGCCAAGUGCUGUAUGUCCCCCUUUAUAUUCAUGCAAAAGUGAGGCAGAGUGUCCUCCACAGAGAAGAGGGAUCAAGCGGCCAUCAAGCUGAAAGAAAAACACCUUCAUAUGAUGACAAGCCAAAAUGGGAAAAAAGCCAAACGUCAGCAGAAAUAUUCUUUAAAAACACCAUGACGUUAUUAGCAAAAAGUGGAGCUUGAUUGUGUCUAAAUCAUAUUUAAAAAUAUUGUAUAUUUAUAAUUGACUCUCAAUGAAUUUGAAGGGGAAAUAAAUGUUCAUAAUAAAACAAACAAAGCAGAUAAAAGCAAAGAAGCUAAAUCAUCGAGUUGCCAUGCAUAAUAACUAAAGUCACGAGUGUCCAAUAGUUUCAUCAGUUGGACACCUUCAAGGCAAAAGUCCAAGCUCUGAUCCAGGACUGUUUUAUUCUCCUCACAAGACAGAGAACACAACCACUGAGCUGUUUUAUUUUAGGUCCAACAUUGACAAAUUGAUCAUGGUGAAAUGUAUUUGAGGAAAAAAGGAAAAACCCAGCACAACAGUGGCUCACGACUUCCUGUGGCAUCAGUCUACAGUGAACCGUGUGUCGGGUGCCACUCACCUACUCCAGAGGUCGUCUCUCCGUGUCGCUCGCUGCCGUCCUCAGCGAGCUUCUGUUUUAACCUGGUGUUUUCUUGCUCCAGCUUACUCUUGGCCGACCUGAUGGUGAAGACACAGAAACUGAAAGUGAUGUCAUCACUGAACGCCAUUCUUCAACCUUCAUCUCUGUGAGGAUGUUGGAUGUUUGGACGCACCUGAGCGAGUGAAGCUCCUCUGACCUCUCAGCGUCUGUCUUCAUCAGGUCCAACUGUAACAGAAAACAUGACUCAGAUGCAUCUCUGCAGAGUAAAAACAAGUUGUGCACCCAGGUGGACUAAAGGGAGGCGGGCGGUUUGGUGAAACAUCAUCCUUAAAAUGAUCCAGAAACUGUUUCUGUGACAUGCGGCAGGACAUCACUGACCUGCCAGACCUGAUGCAGCAGGAAUGUGGGGAGAGAUGGCGACCAAACCCACCAUAACUCAACAGUGAUUUAAAUGCUGGGAAAAGAUGGCUGUGCGAUGAAAGGAAGGAGGCGGUCUGGGUCAUAUCCAACAUCUGCGCUUCAUACCUGAUCUUCCAGCUUGCGGAUGCUGAUUUGAGCCUUCUCUUCUCUCUGCUUCACCUCUUUCAACUCUUCCUUCAGCUCCAUCACACUGGAGCUCUUGAUGUCCAGUUCUUGCUCCAGUUCCUUCAUUUUGUUCUCAAACAUUCUGCGGAGAGAAAGCACACAGCUGUUAAACUGCACCUGCUGCUGACCGCUGCAUGAUAGACCCAAGUGUUUGAAGCGGCAGGUGGCUUUCUAAGAAGCUGUGAAGCAGAUUUAGCUGCGAUCCAUUCUGAAGAAACGCUGGAGCACCUAGUGACUACAGUGGAUUUGCCGGUCCUCCGUUCUGCUCCCUCUGGGUCGGGUUUGGACAGAACCUCCCGCAGUCUCCGUUUGGUUUCCUCCAGUUGGGACUCAAGCCUUUCAAUGUUCACCUCCAGGGUCACCUUGUUUGCUCGCAGGCGCUCGGCCACCUCCACUUCCUUUGAAAUGAAAAACACCAGUCAGAGACAAAAGUUAACUAAGUAUUGAAAGUGUCGUACGCGAGAGGAAGAAGAAAGAAUCCCAGGUUAUUCAACUCUCUCAGUCAAUGAGCUUCAGUCCAGAAAUGAAACGUAAAACAUCUGCAAUGAUAAAUCGCAAUUUUAAACACCAGUAUUUGCCAGUGAAUAUGCAGUGUGAUAUAGACACAACAGUAGUAGUAGUUUUGAUAGCUCAAACAUUACGCAUUGACUUUGAGAAACUGGUCUGUGUUUCGUCAUGUUUGUUGUUACAAGUUUUCUUAGGGCCGUUUUUAUUCCUGCUCCAUAAAUUUGAUAUAAAAUAAAAGGUUUCAAACAA